AUGAGAAUAAUACAAAAUGUUAGAUAUAUUACGAAUAUAAAAAAUAAUAUUCACAAUGUAGAAAAUGGUCCCAUCAAAUAUAAUAAGAAAGGAGAAAAUAUUUUUCAUAUAUGGAAAUAUGAAGCCUCUAUGUGUAAAACAUAUUUAUCAUUUGAUAAUCGAUUUAAUAUAAGUGAGCAGAGAAAAAUGUUAUAUAAUAAUAGGAUAAGUAAAUAUAUGAAUUUAAAAAGAAAUAAUACAUAUAAAGAUAUAAAAUAUUUAUUUUUAUAUAUAGAAUUUGAUAAGAAAGCUGUUAAACAUUUUUUUGAAGAUUCUCUUCCUCAAAAAAGUAUAGCUCUUCAAAUCUUAACGAAAUUAAAUUAUUUACUUAUAUUAAAUAGGUUACUAAAUAAUAUAAUACCAAAUGAUAGGACAAUAAAUCGGUGUAUUAAUUAUAUAUUUAAUAAUGAUUGUAAUGCUAAUAAUUAUAAUGAAAAUUUUGAUGAUAAUUUUAUAUAUUCAUGUAUUAUAGAACACCAUGCAUCAACAAACAAAGAAAAAAUAAGAGCAAAUGUAGGUGUACAUAUAAAUGAACAUAUUAAUAUAAAUACAAAUAUGUGUACGAAUACAAAAAGAUACAAUUUUAAUGAUGUUAACAAUAUAAAACAAAAUACAUAUCCAAUAUUUAAUUAUGAAGAGAAAAACAAUAUAUUAAUAAAUAAUUAUAGAAACAAUGGUAUAUACAAAAAUGUUGUCAACAAUACGUAUGAUAUAUCUAAUAUACAUAAUCCUUCAAAUUCUUAUAAUAUAAAUAACGAAUCCAGUAGUUUCUUUGAAAAAAAUAUUUUAUAUCAUAUGAUAAAUAAAUAUGAUAUAGUAAUAUAUAGCAAUAUUAAUAAUAAAAAUAUUAAACAUAUAUAUAUAAAAGAUUUAUACAGACAUAUAUAUGAUCAAAUUAAUUAUGUCUAUAUGUUUGACAAUAAAUUAUAUGAUAAAAAUGUUAUAUUAAAAUUAUAUACAUUUUAUGAAUAUUUUAAUGAUGAAUUAGAAGAAAAAAAAAAAGAGUUCUUAUUUUUUCUAGAUAGAAUAAGCGAAAGAUUAUUGAACAAUAUGAAUCUUAUAGAUCUUGUAUUUAUUUUUCACAUACAUAUAAAAAGAAAAUAUUAUAAUUUUCUCUUUUUAUAUAUAUUAAUAAAUAAAUUAUAUUUUUAUAUUAAUAACAUAGUCAAUAUACCAUGUAAUAAAAAAAAAUUAAAAGAUAUAAAUAGAGAAAAAUUACAACAAGAUUAUAAAAUAAUAAAUAAAUUAAAAUAUGAUAAUAUAUCAAUAGAUAGACACAAAAAUAAUAUUAGAUAUAAUGUCAAAUGGUUAACCUUAUUUUAUCAUUACUUAAUAGAAUAUUUUGUAUAUUUAAAUAAUUCAUCUCAUAUUUUAAUAAAUCAUAAAGACAAAAUCUUAUUUAUAAAACAUCUCUUAUAUAAUAACUUCGCUCAAAUGUUUCUUAAAUAUUUAGGUGAUAAUUAUGUGUAUUUUACGCCUAUCAAUAUUUUAUCUAUUUAUUCCUCUUUCAGAAAUUUAAAUAUUAUAAACGAUGAAACGUUAAAAUGUGUCCUCUUUAAAUAUAUAAACUAUAGCAAUAUAUUAUUACUUAGGUAUAAGGGCGACAAUUAUGAUUAUAAGGAUAAAGAUGAAGGUAUAGACAUGGAUAUAAAUAUAGAUAAACAUAUAGAUGAACAUAUAGAUAAACAUAUAGAUAAAAAUGUGCAUGAACAUAUAUAUAACAAGUAUCAUAAGAAUGAAGGUAAGAAUAUAUCUAUUUAUAAUAAUAAUGAUGUACAAAUAUUUUAUUCCUCCUUUUUGAAUAUAUUUUCCAAAUUUUUUGUUUACUUUAAAUUUACAAACGAGGAAUAUAAAUAUAUACUAAAGAGUUUAUUAAUAUUAUUUGAUAAUUAUUUAAUAUUAAUACUACAACUAUAUAUAAAAAAUGAAUCCAAUUUAUUAUCUGACUUAUGUAUUCAUGAUAAGAAAGGGAAUGAAAAUCUUAUAAAAUAUGCAAAGGAGGAUAAUAUCGAUAAGUUAUUUUAUAUAAAUGAGGAAGCAAAAAAAAAUCCACAUCAUAAUAAUAAUAAUAAGAAUAACUAUACAUUUUGUGAUGAUUUAAAAUAUAUAAAAUUUAUAAAUUUGUUAAAAAUUAUAAUGAAUAGUAAUUAUACAAAUUUUAUAUGUUCAUAUAAUUAUGAUAUAAAAAACAUUAACAAUGAUAUGAAUAUUUUUUGUUUUAAUUAUGACAAUAUUUAUAAUGUCGAAAAUAUUGAACAUAAUAUUAAGUAUAUUGUGAAUUCUUUAAAUUCUUUAUAUAAAAUUACAGAACAUUUUAUUAAUUCUUAUAAGAUCGAUGAAUUAAGUAAAUUAUUUAAUAAGACAUAUUUAUAUAAUUUUAUAACAAAGUUCAUAUAUAAUAAAUAUAUAAAUUAUAAUAAUAUACCAUAUUACAAGAAAUUGUAUAGUUUUAUACAUUUAUCUUUACAUAAUUAUGAUGAAAUAUAUCAUAAUUUUUAUUUUUCUAUCAAUCGGUUGUUUAUUAGUAAUUAUAUAUUAAACUUAUAUUUGACUAAUUUAGUUAGUGUGUAUUUAAAUAAACUCAUAAGAAAUAUUAAAGAGGAAGAAACAUAUCAUUUGGAAAAAAAAGAAAAACAAAUUUUGCAAAAGGAACAACAUAUGAAUUUUAUUUAUUUAGUAGAUACAAAAAAAAAUGAAAAAACACAAAAUGAAAAAACACAAAAUGAAAAAACACAAAAUGAAAAAAUACAAAAUGAAAAAACACAAAAUGAAAAAACACAAAAUGAAAAAACACAAAAUGAAAAAACACAAAAUGAAAAAACACAAAAUAUAUCUUUUUUAAAAAAAGAAAAAGAAAACCAUAUAUAUGAUACUUUUUUUUUCUCACAACUUGUGACAAAUAGUCUAGGAGCAAUACAACAUAUGAAAAUAUUAAGAUAUGAUAUAUUUGUUCAAAUUUCUUCUAUUUUAAAAACAAAUAUAUUCCCCUUAAGUUUAGUACAUAUAGGUAAUAUUAUACAUUCAUAUGCUUCUUUUAAAAUACAAGAUCUUGAAUUAAUAAAAUAUUUAUUAUAUAAAUUAAUAAAAACGAAUAAUUUAAUUAAUAUUAUUAAUGAUCAAUCUUUAGGAAACAUUUCUAUAUCCUUAUUAAAAUUAAAUUAUUACAAUGAACAAUUUACUCGUAUUAUAUUAAAUAAUUAUAAUAAGAUAAUAUCAUUACAAGCAUUAAUAAAUAUAACAUUUUAUUUAUCUUAUUAUAAUAAUGAAUUAUUAGAAUAUUUUUUGAAAAAUCAUUUGAAUUAUUUCAUAGAAAAAAUAUGUAAAUCAAAUAUGUUACAUAAUAUAAAUAUAAAGGCUAAAACACAAUUAAAAUUAAUCAGUUAUCAAAUUCUAUAUAUACAUGAAUACACUUCAAAAGGUAAUAUACAAUUAAAAGAAUUUUCAUGUCUAUUUAAUUAUUUGGACCAUGAAAAUAUAUUACAUACUACAUCAUAUAAUUCUUAUAUAUAUACUCUAAAAAAAGUAUGUAAUAAUCUUUUAAUAUUUUAUUAUAAAAAAGAAAAAAAGACCCAAAAUAACCAUCUUCUUAGAAAUAAUUAUAUAUUAUUACCUUAUCAAAAAUACAUAAAAAUCAUUCAAAGUAAUUUGUUAUAUUAUAGAUAUUUAAAAUAUCAUGAAAAGGAAAAUAAAAAUAAAACAAAUACCUUUUCGUCUACUUAUAAUAUGAAUAUUAAUAAAAAUAUAAAAUAUGAUAAUAUAAAUCAGGAUCAAAAUAAUGGUAUUAAUUUAUUUGAUAUUUUUAAUUAUAAAAUUAUGAAUAGUAAAAUUAACAUGGAUAUAAAUGCAUAUAAACCAAAAAAUGUAAAACGAGAAGAAAUAGAUAUGUCUUAUAAGGAAGAUGAUGAUAAAAAGAAUGAUAUUAAAAAAUAUAAUAUUAAUAAUAAUAAUAAUAAUAAUAAUAAUCAAUAUGUGAAGCAAGUUAAUAUAAUCAAUCACUCAUCUUAUUUACAUCUUCUUUUUAUCUCAGCAUUUCCAUUUGAAGAAAAACAAAUUUAUACACACUCAGAAUUAUAUAACCAAGUAUAUGACACAAUCGUGUCCUUAAAUUUGAAAAGAAAAAUAAUCAAAGAGUUGCUACAUUAUCCCUAUUACGUAGAUAUUGUUAUACUAUAA